AUGUUCGUCAGAAAGCGCGAUGGUCGCCAAGAGCGCGUCCAAUUCGACAAGAUUACUGCCCGCGUCUCAAGGCUGUGUUACGGCCUGGACACGGAACACGUUGAUCCUGUUGCCAUCACCCAGAAGGUCAUCUCUGGUGUCUACGGCGGUGUAACCACAGUUCAGCUUGAUGAUCUUGCUGCUGAGACCGCGGCUUACAUGACCGUCACCCACCCCGACUACGCCAUCCUCGCCGCCCGUAUCGCCGUCUCCAAUUUGCACAAGCAGACCAAGAAGCAAUGGUCUUCUGUUGUCAGCGAUCUGUACCACUACGUCAAUCCCAAGAAUGAGCGUGCCUCGCCCAUGAUUUCCAAGGACACGUACGAGUGCGUCAUGAGACACAAGGACGAGCUCGACUCGGCCAUUGUCUACGACAGGGACUUCAACUACCAGUAUUUUGGCUUCAAGACCCUGGAGCGAUCAUAUCUUCUGAAGCUCAACGGUAAGAUCGUUGAACGACCUCAACAUAUGAUUAUGCGUGUUGCUGUCGGUAUCUGGGGAGACAACAUUGAGCGCGUCAUUGAAACCUACAACCUCAUGUCAAGCAAAUUCUUCACCCAUGCCUCACCUACACUCUUCAAUGCUGGUACUCCUCAAGCCCAGCUUUCUUCGUGCUUCCUUGUGGACAUGAAGGAUGACAGUAUCGACGGCAUCUACGACACUCUCAAGACUUGUGCCAUGAUUUCCAAGAUGGCCGGUGGCAUCGGUCUCAAUGUCCACCGCAUUCGUGCCACUGGCUCUUACAUUGCUGGUACCAACGGCACCUCCAACGGCAUCAUUCCCAUGCUCCGUGUGUUCAACAACACUGCCAGAUAUGUUGACCAGGGUGGCAACAAGCGUCCCGGUGCCUUUGCAAUCUACCUGGAGCCUUGGCACGCUGAUGUUUUCGAGUUCCUCGAUCUCAGAAAAAACCACGGCAAGGAGGAAGUCCGUGCUCGUGAUCUUUUCCUUGCCCUCUGGAUUCCCGACCUCUUCAUGAAGCGUGUCGAGAAGAACGGCGACUGGACUCUGAUGUGUCCCAACGAAUGCCCUGGCCUUGCCGACUGCUAUGGUGAGGAGUUCGAGGCUCUGUACGAAAAGUACGAGCGAGAGGGCAAGGGCCGUAGGACCAUUCGGGCUCAGAAGCUCUGGUACUCCAUCCUUGAGGCUCAGACCGAGACUGGUAAUCCCUUCAUGCUCUACAAGGAUGCCUGCAACAAGAAGAGCAACCAGAAGAACCUCGGUACCAUCCGCAGCUCUAACCUUUGCACUGAGAUUGUUGAAUACUCUGCCCCUGACGAGGUGGCUGUCUGCAACCUUGCCUCUCUAGCUCUGCCUGCUUUUGUCGACUACGACGAGGGCCGCUACGACUUCAAGAAGCUCCACGAAGUCACUCAGGUUGUCGUUCGUAACCUCAACAAGAUCAUUGAUGUCAACCACUAUCCGGUCCAGGAGGCCCGCAACAGCAACAUGCGACACCGACCUAUCGGUGUUGGUGUUCAGGGUCUUGCCGAUGCUUUCCUUGCUUUGCGAAUGCCUUUUGAGUCUCCCGAGGCUCGCGAGCUGAACAAGCAAAUCUUCGAGACCAUCUACCACGCUGCCUUGACCGCCUCCAUGGAGCUGGCCAAGGAGCAGGGCCCUUACUCUACCUUCAAGGGAUCUCCCGCCUCAGAGGGUAUCCUUCAGUUCGACAUGUGGAAUGUCACGCCUUCUGACCUGUGGGAAUGGGACACUCUCAAGCAGCAGAUUAAAGAGCACGGUAUCCGCAACUCCUUGCUCCUUGCUCCCAUGCCCACUGCUAGCACAUCGCAGAUCCUCGGCAACAAUGAGUGCUUCGAGCCCUACACCUCCAACAUUUACCAGCGACGUGUCCUGGCUGGCGAGUUCCAGGUUGUCAACCCUUGGCUGUUGAAGGAUCUCGUCGAUAUGGGUCUUUGGUCUGAUGCUAUGAAGAACCGCAUUAUUGCUGAGAACGGUUCCAUUCAGAACAUCCCUAACAUCCCCGCCGAUAUCAAGGCUCUCUACAAGACUGUCUGGGAGAUUUCUCAGCGACAGGUUGUCCAGAUGGCCGCCGACCGUGGUGCCUUCAUUGACCAGUCCCAGUCUCUCAAUAUCCACAUGAAGGACCCUUCAAUGGGCAAGAUCACCAGCAUGCACUUUGCCGGGUGGAAACUGGGUCUCAAGACUGGCAUGUACUACCUGCGCACGCAGGCUGCUGCCGCUCCUAUCCAGUUCACUGUUGACCAGGAGGCUCUGAAGGUUGCUGAUGCCAAUGUUGGCAAGGACAGACUUCCCAAGAAGCGAACCGCACCUGCUGGCACCAGCUACAUGACCUCUGUAUCUGCUGUGCCCCGAGCCGCUCACCUCAGAAAGGAAGACGGCAUCAAUGCUGUCAAUGCUAACGGCAUUCCUACUCCUAGCAACACUCCACCACCUGCUGGUGCUUCCCGCCCCAUUGCUUCUCCGAGCAAGCCAGCUGCCAUCAAGGCUGACGUUGAUGAGGGCGACAGCCCCAAGGUCCUGCCCACUGAGCCCUCAGAAGCUAUCAAGGAUGAGGAGCUUGCCGAGCCCGGGACCAAGCGUUCUGGCCAGUCUGAAGAUGGCGACGAUAGCGGGGAGCGUGAGCGGGAUAUCUACUCGGAGGCCGUCCUUGCCUGCAGCAUUGAGAACCCCGAAGCCUGCGUCAUGUGCAGUGGUUAA